UGGAGCAUCACUUCCAUAAAUACAGCGCGCUGUGGUGGAGGCAGGUUGUGUUGAAGCUCGUCCUGAGGAUUGCAUUGAUACCUGUCCACCUGAGUCACUUCCCACUCGCUGUAAACCAUGGCUGAAGAUGAUGUUGCUGCACUGGUGGUGGACAAUGGCUCCGGGAUGUGCAAGGCUGGCUUUGCAGGGGAUGACGCUCCCAGAGCUGUGUUCCCCUCCAUCGUGGGACGGCCUCGACACCAGGGUGUGAUGGUGGGAAUGGGUCAGAAAGACAGCUACGUUGGGGAUGAAGCCCAGAGCAAGAGGGGCAUCCUGACCCUGAAAUACCCAAUUGAACACGGGAUUGUGACCAACUGGGAUGACAUGGAGAAGAUCUGGCACCACACCUUCUACAAUGAGCUGCGAGUGGCCCCAGAGGAGCACCCUGUCCUCCUCACAGAGGCUCCACUCAAUCCCAAAGCCAACCGGGAGAAGAUGACCCAGAUCAUGUUUGAGACCUUCAACACCCCAGCCAUGUACGUUGCCAUUCAAGCUGUGCUGUCCUUGUAUGCCUCUGGCCGCACCACUGGCAUUGUGAUGGACUCUGGGGAUGGUGUGAGUCACACUGUGCCCAUCUACGAAGGCUACGCCUUGCCACACGCCAUCCUGCGUCUGGACCUGGCUGGCCGGGAUCUCACUGACUACAUGAUGAAGAUCCUGACCGAGCGUGGGUACUCCUUCACAACCACGGCCGAGAGGGAGAUUGUCCGUGACGUCAAGGAGAAGCUCUCCUAUGUGGCCCUAGAUUUUGAAUCUGAGAUGCAGACAGCCAGCUCCUCCUCAUCCUUGGAGAAAAGCUACGAGCUCCCUGAUGGCCAAGUCAUCACCAUCGGCAAUGAGCGUUUCAGGUGUCCAGAAACCCUCUUCCAACCAUCCUUCCUUGGGAUGGAAGCUAAUGGAAUCCAUGAGACCUGUUAUAACAGCAUCAUGAAGUGUGAUGUGGACAUCAGGAAGGAUCUGUACGCCAACACUGUCCUGUCUGGUGGAACCACCAUGUUCCCAGGGAUCGCUGACCGGAUGCAGAAGGAAAUCACAGCCUUGGCUCCAAGCACCAUGAAGAUUAAGAUCAUUGCUCCACCAGAGAGGAAGUAUUCAGUGUGGAUCGGAGGUUCCAUCCUGGCUUCUCUCUCCACCUUCCAGCAAAUGUGGAUCAGUAAGCAGGAGUAUGAUGAGUCUGGUCCCUCCAUUGUCCAUCGCAAGUGCUUCUAAUUCACUGGAGAUUGGAACUGAUAUAAUAUUGCCUGCGUUUGUAUUUGAAAUAUCACUUUUUAAUUUUCUUCUCAAUUUAUUUGCUCAACAUUUGGGGGUUGGCAUGUGUGAGG